AUGAGCGGUAUGAAUGAGUCGAAUGCAGUGCCAAGCUGCUACCGCGGGGCGGCGGCUUCUAUUUCCUUCGGUAAAACCAGUACCAUGAAGAAGGCCAAAGGGGUGCGCUUCAGAAGAUUCCCAAAAAAGCUAGACCACUUGUCGGCUUUAGGAAGAGAUGGGCUUAGGUUGGCACUUCUUAAGAACCUUCCCAAAGUACCUCCCAUUGAUGUCCAAUCUCUAACCAAGACCCUCCACUUUGAGAAAGAGGAAUCGUCUUAUGUGCGGAUUGAAGCUUUGACUAGUACCCACCUCGUCCGUAGUGCUUUGGAUAAGGCAAGUAAGGACGCCAAGAAGGAGGCUGAAAAGAAAGCAAGGCAAGGGUCAAGUCUCUACGGGAUUGGUUCGGCUUCCCCGGAGACAGGGUCGAAGCACGCCCGUCCAGUGUACUUCUUUCACGACAUGCUCUGGUCCCGGGUAUAUUCCUGUGGUCUUCUAGCCUUAGAAGAAGUCGUGUCCGUCCCGGACAUCUGCAACGAAUAUGGGUGCGGGAGGCUGAGGGACGACCACGAUGAGUACGCGGGUCCAGGCAAUAUAGGAUCAAACGGCUUUGGGAAAGCAACAGUUUUCGCUGAGCGUGAUUAA